AUGCCGGAGCGGACUGUGUUACGAAAGGACCAGCUAGAGGUUAGCUUGGUCAAUGAAAAGAAGCUGAUCAAAGAAGGUGCUAUCAAGGAUGAUAACCCGCUGGAUGAGAGUGAACCCUUCCGGGAACUGUGCAGUGCUUGCCGCAAGGGCGAUUUGAAAGUCUGCCAAGAGAAAAUUACAGAGGGUGUCAAUGUUAAUGCCCGAGACUUGUAUGACUAUACGCCAUUGAUUCUGUACGAUUAUUCCAAGUCGACAGAUCCUUUGCAGCCCCUCGCAGGACAUAUAACGUCACUUCUUACUCGAGAUACCCCGGUAACAACAGAUAUUGUGGUCACUGCGUCCGACGAAUCGUUCCACCUGCAUAAGUUCAUCUUGGCUGCUCGGUCUCCAUAUUUUCAUGGAAAGCUCGCAGCAGCUCCAGAAUCGACAACAUGGAAGCUCCCUGGUAACAUUGCUCCUGAUUCAUUCAAUGCAGCAAUUCGAUAUCUAUAUCUUGGAGAACCUCCGCGGGAACUCCGUAGCGGACCAGGCACUGGGUUUACUGAAUCGGAAGUAUUUGGAGCAAUUGAUAAAAUAUCCAAACAUCUGGAGAUUCAAAGUCUCAUGGAUAGUAUCUUGGAUAGUGGGGACAGGAGAUUAGCAAGACAACGGCGAACCACUGAGCUUGCGAAGGGUCGCGAACAAAUGGAGGAAUGGUACCGCGCCAAUGUCCUCGGCAACAAAAUUGUCCUCGAGACAACACAAGCGAACGAUGUCAAGUGGGAUCGAAAUAAUGCGAUCUUUGCAGAUGUCCUGCUACAAGCUGAUGAGCUUUCCAAUGAGGCUGAAGAUGACGAAGUUCAAAUAUCGACUCUGUUUCCAUGUCAUCGCGCCAUGUUACUCCGUUCAGAGUUUUUCCAGACUAUGUUCUCUUCUUCAUUCCGAGAAGCACAGGUUACGGAACAUCUGCAAAUUAUUGACGUUGACUGCUCACCCGAUGUACUGGAGAUUAUUCUCACGUUCCUGUACACCGAACGUGCAGAUUUCCCCUUGGAAAUCGCUGUUGAUGUCCUCUUCGCCGCCGACAUGCUUUUCAUUGAGAAACUGAAAACCAAGGCCGCCGUUGUUAUCAGCACACUAGGUAGCUCAGGCAUGUCUCAAGCUGAAGCAGCCAAAACACGAGGCAAGGAUGAAGAUGACAUUGAUAUCUAUGGAAUCAUGCGUGCGGCCUGGUUGACUCGCGUGCAACGCUUGGAGGAAUUCGCAGCACGAUUUCUAGCAUACCGAUUAGAGGCUCACAUUGAUACGUCCGAGUUCGCAGAGCUUAUCCGCGAGUCGGCAGAGCGUAUUCAAGCGCGUCAGGAGGUUGACUCUAUUGAAUUGAUUGAUGAUAUUCGAUUCUACUUGAAUGAGCGAUUCCGGUUGAGGUUCAAUGAUGCUGGUUUGGACGAAAUGAUGGACGAUCAGGCGAAACCCGAGGAUCCGGAGGCUCCUGAGAGCCCAGAGGAAGUUUCAGAUAUCACGCAUGGUGUCGAAGAACUCGAUGUCUCCAAACCUGUUCAUGCGGCAGAGAAAACCCGGGAGGCGGCAGAUUCCAUUCAUGGAAUUCGCGCCUUGGAUGGAGGUAUGGUCGAAGAUGAGUUCGAUGAGUUCGACGAAGAUACAAUGAAUUAUGAAAUACUGAUGGAGAAACUCGAACUUCUGCUGGAGAGUCUCAACCUCGAGGCAUAA